AUGGAUUUGCGGCUCCGCUCUCGCCUUUAUGCUUCUCUCUAUGGAAACCUGGAUCAUGGGGAGAAAUAUGCGGAGCUGAAUAGAGCCGAGCAGCAGAAAGGAGCGCCUGAGAGCAGCAUCUGUUACACUCGGGAAGUUAGACUGACAGGAAAGCGCUAA